CUUGAAGUUUAUUGAGCUGCCAAUAGAGGGCGCACGAACUGCAUCAACGCUUCAGGCUCGCUAAAGGCAGCUCCUCAUAAAUGUCCGCUCCCUAGAGCACUACUUUGUGGCGCCCCGGGUCACAUCGGUUUCCUCUCAGUCAGUUAUUUUAUAUCUACGGGUACGGAACGCAUUUUAGGACAUCCUCCGGCGCGUACUUGGGCGCUCCCUUUGGACAUCGCUAUGGAGCCUGAGCCGGAAGUUCUGCUCGACACGUUCCAGCGUAGCUUUUUAAGUUGCCGGCGCGUCGCUUCCUUCCCGUGGCACGAUCUUGAUCAAGUAGUAAAACAAGAUCCAUUACUGAUAUCACAAAUUUUGGAAAAGACUGUUCUGCACCCACUGUGCCAAAAGUACCCACCAUCACCACAGUACAGAAGAUUAUUCCUGUCAGAGCUGAUAAGAAAGCAUGAAUCUUCUGGAGCUGAGCCUUUGGAUGACUUAUAUGAUGCACUUGCAGAAGCCUUGAACUCUGAAGAAACCACUAGAUGCCACAAAAGUUACCUGUUGCCUUUAGGGGAAUCUGUGACCCUAUGUGAAAAUGUAGCGAUUAUUUCUGAAGGUACUACGGGGCUGGUGACCUGGGAGGCAGCUUUGUCUUUAGCCGAUUGGUCCAUUGAAAAUAAAGAUAUCUUCAAAAAUAGAUCGAUUUUAGAACUAGGAAGUGGAAUUGGCCUGACUGGACUUGUCAUAUGUAAAAGCUGCUCCCCAAAGAGAUAUCUGUUUAGUGACUAUCACAACAGAGUUCUUCAGCAGCUGAGAGGAAAUAUUCACCUGAAUGGCUACAACCUCGACACAGAACAAGAUAAUCUGAUGAAAGAGAAGAAUGUAAAAGAAUAUGGUGAGGCGGCAAACCCGGAGAGUGUUCAAGUAUCGGUUAUGGAACUUAACUGGGAUUUGGUUACAGAAGAGCAACUAUUGCAGCUUCAAGUUGAUGUAGUUAUUGCAUCAGAUGUUGUGUAUGACCCAGAUAUAAUCAUCUCCUUUUCUAAAGUUUUAAAAAAGCUUUUUAACUGUAUUAAAGAUGGAAGGCAUCUAAAAGUGAUUGUGGCUUCGACCAUUCGCAAUCCUGAGACAUAUGAUUUAUUCCACACUACACUUGAUAAAGCUGGGCUGAUGUGGCAAGUUGUACCUGUUCAUAAGAAGACUAUUUUUCCAUACAAUACAGACAACAAUGUAGAGAUUCUGAAUGUAUGCUUAAAAGUGUAAUAAAGGUCACAAGUUA